GGCCUGAGGAGCGAGGGCGGCGGGGCGCGAGCGAAAGGAGCGGGGACCUGAGGAGCGAGGGCGGCUGGGCGCGAGCCAGGGGAGCGGGGUCUGCGGAGCAAGGGAAGCCGGAAGCCGGCACCAGAGAAGCGAGGAGAGCCGGGACCUGGAGUAGCAAGGAUAGCCGGGGACUGAGGAGCGAGGGCGGCCGGGCGCGAGCCAAGGGAGCCGGGGCUUGAGGAGCAAGGGAGGCCGCGAUCCGGCACCUGAGAAGCGAGGAGAGCCAGGACCUGAGGAGCGAGGGCGGCCGGGCGCGAGCGAAAACAGCCGGGAACUGAGGAGCGAGGGCAGGCCAGAGCGGAUUCUGGCAGAGCGAGCGAGGACGGCCUUGUGGGGUGGAGCGGAGCCGAAUCCGAGGCCCUGCGGCCUCCACCCACCUCCAGGCGUCACCUCGAAGCCGGGCUGUGAGGCCCUUGGCGCCUUGCUCCAGAGCGCACUGCUGGGCAUUUGACAUUACCUGCUCUGCUACUGCAGAUUUCCAGACCCUGCACUUACAGCCUCUUUGGCGGACCUGAAAUUUCUCUGCACCCUCAUUGUAUUGGAAGUUUAUGGAAAAGUUGGGCUGGGAUCUGCUGUGUACCAUACUUAGUUUUCAGCCUGCAAGGUGGCCCAUUGAAGGAGGAGGUUGCUGUUCCUUGUCCCUAAUGGGAAGCUCUUGUCUACUGAAGUGACUCAUUAUAUGAUCCCAGACUGGAAAGUUGUCCAGGAUUACCUUGAGAUCCUUGAGUUUCCUGAGUUGAAGGGAAUCAUUUUCAUGCAAACAGCUUGUCAAGCAGUACAGCAUCAAAGAGGCCGAAGAGGUCAGAAGAGGUGUCGGAUCCCCCGGAACUGGAGUUACAGACAGUUGUUAGCUGCCAUACAGUAUAACAAACUGCGAAACCUCCUGAAGGAUGCGCGCCAUGACUGUGUUCUCUUCGCUAACGAAUUCCAACAACACUGCUACCUGCCCCGGGAAAAGGGGGAGGCCAUGGAGAAGUGGCAGACCAGGAGCAUAUAUAAUGCAGCUGUCUGGUACUAUCACCACUGCCAGAGCAGAAUGCCCAUUGUUAUGGUGACAGAAGACCAAGAGGCCAUUCAGCAGUACGGAAGUGAAACAGAAAGGGUGUUUGUGAUUUCCUUCAAGCAUUACCUGGACAAUUUUUGGCCAGAUUUAAAGGCUGCCCAUGAGCUCUGUGACUCCAUCCUUCAAUCUCGGCGGGAAAGGGAGAGCGAGAGUCAGGAGACCCAUGGGAAGGAGUACCCAGAACACCUUCCCCUGGAAGUGCUAGAGGCGGGCAUCAAGUCUGGACGCUACAUUCAGGGAAUUCUCAAUGUCAACAAACACAGAGCACAGAUAGAAGCUUUUGUUCGCCUACAAGGAGCCAGCAGUAAGGACUCAGGCUUGGUCAGCGACAUCCUCAUCCAUGGCAUGAAGGCUCGGAACCGCUCCAUUCAUGGAGAUGUGGUGGUGGUGGAGCUGCUCCCCAAAAGUGAGUGGAAAGGAAGAACUGCUGCCCUGUGUGAGAAUGACAGCGAAGACAAGGCCUCCGGGGAGUCCCCCAGUGAGCCCAUGUCCACAGGUCGAGUGGUGGGCAUCCUUCAGAAGAACUGGCGAGAUUAUGUGGUGACAUUUCCAUCCAAAGAAGAGGUCCAGUCUCAGGGCAAAAAUGCUCAGAAGAUCCUUGUCACACCUUGGGAUUAUAGAAUCCCCAAAAUCCGCAUCAGCACCCAGCAGGCAGAAGCCCUCCAGGACUUCAGGGUGGUUGUGCGCAUUGAUUCCUGGGAGUCAACAUCAGUGUAUCCAAACGGACACUUUGUGCGUGUUUUAGGAAAAAUUGGUGAUCUGGAAGGGGAAAUCGCAACCAUCUUGGUGGAGAACAGUAUUUCCGUUGUCCCCUUCUCAGAAGCCCAGAUGUGUGAGAUGCCAGUGAACACACCAGAAAACCCUUGGAAAGUGUGUCCCGAAGAAGAACGAAAACGAAAAGACCUGAGGGACACCCACCUUGUGUUCAGUAUUGACCCCAAAGGUUGUGAAGAUGUGGAUGACACACUGUCAGUCAGAACCUUAACUAAUGGUGACCUGGAGCUCGGGGUCCACAUCGCCGAUGUCACACACUUUGUGGCCCCUAAUUCUUACAUUGAUGUUGAAGCUAGAACAAGGGCCACCACUUACUACCUAGCAGAUCGGCGCUAUGACAUGCUGCCCUCCAUCCUCAGUGCCCACCUCUGCUCCCUCCUGGGAGGCGUUGAUAGGUAUGCUGUAAGCGUCAUGUGGCAAUUAGAUAAAACCUCUUAUGAAAUUAAAAAGGUAUGGUAUGGCAGAACCAUCAUUCGAUCAGCUUACAAACUAUCCUAUGAGGUGGCCCAGGAGCUUCUGGAUGGAAACUUGAGUAUUGCUGAUGAUAUUCCAGAAUUCAAAGACUUGGAGGAAAAGAGCAGAGAGGCCAAGCUGGAGGAGUUAGUGUGGGCAAUUGGAAAGUUGACCGACAUAGCUCGCCACAUCCGAGCAAAAAGAGACCAAUGUGGUGCCCUGGAACUGGAAGGUGUGGAGGUUCGAGUCCAACUGGAUGACAAAAAGAACAUUCAUGACCUCAUCCCCAAACAGCCCCUAGAGGUCCACGAGACAGUGGCUGAAUGCAUGAUCCUGGCCAACCACUGGGUAGCCAAGAAGAUCUGGGAGAGCUUCCCCCACCAGGCUUUGCUGCGCCAACACCCUCCUCCACACCAGGAGUUUUUCUCAGAGCUCCGGGAAUGUGCUAAGGCAAAAGGCUUCAUCAUAGACACAAGGUCCAAUAAAACUCUGGCUGACUCUCUGGAUGAUGCAAAUGACCCCAGCGAUCCUGUUGUGAACAGGCUGCUGCGCUCUAUGGCUACCCAGGCCAUGUCCAAUGCACUCUACUUUUCCACAGGAUCGUGCGCAGAGGAAGAGUUCCAGCAUUAUGGUCUUGCGCUAGAUAAAUAUACCCACUUUACUUCUCCAAUAAGAAGAUAUUCAGAUAUUAUAGUGCACCGACUAUUAAUGGCAGCCAUUUCAAAAGACAAGAAAAUGGAAAUUAAAGAAAAUUUGUUCAGCAACAAAGAUCUUGAGGAGUUAUGCAGACAUAUCAACAACAGAAACCGAGCAGCACAGUACUCUCAGAAGCAGUCCACGGAGCUCUUCCAGUGCAUGUACUUUAAAGACAAAGAUCCAGAAACUGAGGAGCGGUGCAUAGCUGAUGGAGUUAUUUAUUCAAUCAGAACAAAUGGUGUGCUUGUCUUUAUACCAAGGUUUGGGAUUAAAGGUGCUGCUUAUCUGAAAAACAAAGAUGGCUUAGUGAUCUCAUGUGGACCAGAAAGCUGUUCUGAAUGGAAACCAGGAUCCCUUCAAAGAUUUCAAAACAAAAUCACUUCUACCACAACAGGAGGGAAAUCUAUUACAUUCCAUUUGUUUGACCACAUAACAGUAAGAAUCUCUGUACAGGCCUUGCGUUGUCACUCUGAUACAAUCAAGCUUGAAAUAGUAAGCAACCAACCGUACAUGACAAGAAACACAGAACUUUCUCAUCAGAGCUCCUUUCUGAAGAGUGAGUUAGUGAAAGAAGUAACCAGAUCUGUGGAAGAGGCGCAGCUUGCCCAGGAGGUCCAAGUCAAGGUCCUGCAGGAGGACUAUCAGGAAUACUGCCAGACAAAAGGAAGAAGUCUGUACAUGCUUCUAGAGGAGAUCCGAGACCUUGCUCUUCUGGAUGUUUCAGACAAUUAUGGAAUAUGAAAUACUUUUUUAUUAAAGAGCUUGGUCUUACAUGUU